UUGUGUUGGAUUGGUCAUUGGUGUUGGAUUUUCAGUGUAUUCAAAAUAUUCUCAUCUUUAAAUAAAAGUAAAUAGAUACCUAAUCAAUUUAGUGAGAUCUACACAUCGAAAUAUCAAAUCUUUAUCCAAAUGGCGUCUAGAAAAAAAGGAAAAGCAGUAGCAAAAUCAUCAAAUCGACAUGUUGAACGUGAAUAUGCCGAGAAACUCAAUGAUCUGACUCUUCAUUCAUCAGACGAUAGUGAUAGUGACCGCAGUUCUAACGCCGCAGACAGUGAUGGUGCCGAGGCUACCUUUAAUGUGAGCAUGUGGGACCUUAACCAUUGCGAUCCUAAAAAAUGUUCAGGCAGAAAACUUUUGCGACAUAACCUGAUCAAGAACCUAAAACUCGGACAACGUUUUCAAGGCUUAGUCCUAUCACCUGUCGGCACUCAGAGUGUUAGUCCUGAUGACAAAGACAUUAUAGAAAAAUUUGGACUUGCAGUUAUAGACUGUUCAUGGGCAAAAAUUGAUGAAACUCCAUUCGGUAGGAUGAAGUCACCCCAUCCCAGGUUACUACCAUUUUUGGUAGCGGCAAAUCCGAUAAAUUAUGGUAAACCUUAUCAACUGAGUUGCGUUGAGGCCCUGGCCGCUGCCAUGUAUAUUACGGGUCAUAAGCGAGAAGCAAAGUUCUAUUUAUCUAAAUUCUCAUGGGGCCACUCGUUUUUAGAAUUAAACUCUGACAUACUCAUCACAUAUGCCGGAUGCACAGACAGUAAAAGUGUAAUUGAAGCACAAAACAAAUUUCUAAAAACAGUAGAAAAUGAAAGGGAUUCAAGAAGUAUGUGGCCGACUGAUUCAGAAUCAGAAGAAGAGUAACACCAUAUUGUGAUUUUAUAUUUAUACAACAAGGAAUUUGUUAUUAAUUUAAAGUUGUAC